UGCUGGGUUUGGCCCAUGUGUCAGGGCCAGAAUACCAAUUCAGCCGUCUCACCCCCUUUCCCCCUCACACUCCGCUUUGUCUCCCUGCGCCUCCCUCUCCGCCGCGCUUCUCCCGCACUUCGCUAGGUGUCGCUGUCUCCCCCCCCCCAGGGACCGGCUGUAGCGGAUAGAGGCGAAGAAGCUGCUGCAGCGGCGGCUCGGUGUGUAGGGCCGGCCCGGGGAUGCCGCCCUCUCCUUCCCGCUAACCGGGGGCCAUGGAGCCGGGGCCGUGCGGGGCCCCAGUCGCCUGGAUCCUCCUCAUUGUGGGGAUCGGACUGCAGAUCGGCAGAGCGGCGGGGGAAGACACCAAGUCUUGGGGCCCUUUGCGAUUGAAUGGAAGCAGCAUGUUAGAAGAAACCCAAAACCCAUUGAAGACCAUAACACCUGAUGAACCGUUUCCAUUCCCCCCAUCAUUGGAACCAGUCUCCAGUAGAAUCAUCAUCACCCAGUCUCCGGAUCUUUUACAAAACGGGAAUUAUGCAAACUCCAACACUGAUGUUUUGGUGGACCAAGUUUUACAAGACUCAACCUCUAAUUUCCAGUUAACCACAUCUAUGGCCUCCUCUCCUGUAUCGUAUAAUUCAAUGGCUGCAGAUGAAGCACCUCCGUUGAGUUCUACCAUCCUUUAUUCUUCAGUCGCCAGGGAAACAGGAGACCUCCCCAUAACUCUAGAUUCUAGUCUGAACGAUCCAGCUUUAGUUUCUCCAGAACACAUUGUGGCUACCUCUGCUGGGAUUGCCCAAGAAACGUCAUCAUAUGGAGAACAUUUAUCAGCAUCGCCAAGUCUAGAAGAGUGUAGCUCAAUUUUUUGGACAGAUACCUUGUCUCAGUCUGACAUUAUUGAAGAUACACUUGGGGCCUCUAGUGCAAGGCCACCUACUUCUCUUGAUGCCCCAGUUAGCAAACCAACUCAAACCAGCUCAGAGGGUUCCAACUCCCUUACAAAUAGGAAUGCUUUACAAACUCUAUUUUCAGCAUCACCAAGUUUAGAAGAGUGUAGCUCAAUUUUUUGUAGCUCAAUUUUUUGGACAGAUACCUUGUCUCAGUCUUCAAUUAUUGAAGAUACACUUGGGGCUUCUAGUGCACGGCCACCUACUUCUCUUGAUGCCCCAGUUAGCCAACCAACUCAAACCAGCUCAGAGGAUUCCAACUCCCUUACAAGUAGAAAUGCUUUACAAACUCUAUUUUCAAGAAUAUGGCUAUCAACUGCUCAGACGUCUUUGCCGUCCAAUCCCAUUAAAUCAGGUUUUACGGCCAGUUUUAUAGAUUUUUCUAGAAGUCCUCUGGAGACAAGUGGAGAUGAGAGCUUCACGGUAAGUUCUACUCCCACUUUUACUUUUGCACAUGAGACACUGGAUCUUAUUUUAGAUGUUGCUUCAUCCAAGCUUGACUCGGAAUCAAGGGAACUUUUAGAAACCAUAUUGAUUAAACCAUCAGCAUUGACUGGAAAAGGCUUUCUGACCAGCAUGGUACGAGAAACGGAGGUUUUGGAAGGGUCCAACCAUGAAACCUUUGUCAGCGUCUUCCCUUCAUGGCCGGUUGUUUCAUUAUCUUCUUGGCAAGUAGCUUCAUUAGAUUUCUCAAGUCUUUUAGAUACCAGCAUCAUGGAGACGCCAUUGUCCACCCUUCUGCCGUCACUUAGUAUGGAACUGGAACCACGUGAUUUUUCUGAGCUUGGGAACACAGUGGCCAAGUCAACUUUUAUGGACUCAACAUUUUAUUCCACUGACUUUUUAGAACUGGAAUCACCUUCUGCCUCUACAUCUAAUACCCACGGGACUCUUGCUUCCCUCGACCAAUCUGUUUUUGAAACUGUGAACGCAAUAAAAGACACGGCAUCCACCAAUGCUGAAUCUGUAAUGCAUCUUAGUGAAACGCUGUUUCCUCUGGAAGAACCUGAGACUGUUUCUUCUGUGUUUUCUUCUCACUGGACUGUGGUUUCUCUUCUGGAACCAAGCAGCACGUUGCCUUUAUUCUCUGAAGAAAUUUCUACAUCUCUGUUUUCUUUGGAAUUUAAUGAACGUUCAUCGAUCUUUUCUCAGGGCUUGUCUGCUGUGAUUUCAACACCAGAAUUUUCUCUCAGUAGCUCCUUACUGGAAUCCAGUUUACUAUCGACAGUGGAUACUAUAGAUUUUACACCUUGGCAAACCUCAACUCCUUACUUAGUUGCCUCGCUCACUCCAUUUCCCAGCAGUGACUGGGGACAGAACAGUUCCAAUGUCUUCUCGGAGUCUUCUGAGCUUUGGGAGGCAACGUCCUCCCUACAGUUGGAGUCUGAGUUUCUGUUUACCUCAAGUUCUACUGGUGCUAACUCCACAUUGCUGCCUUCGUCCCCAUUUUCUGAUGCAGAUACUGUGGUGCCGUCAAUCUACACUUCCACCGUUGAUUAUUAUGCCAGCAGUGACCUGGCUACAGAAGCUCCUCAGACUUUAUUACUUACAACUUCCUUGUUGAGUUCAUGGCUGCCCGAGUCUAUAUUUGUGGAAAAUACAGUUGUUACUCCAGAGAGCACUUUGCAGACGCAAGAAAUGAGUGUAGCCCCAACAAUAAGCUUAUGGUCCACCUUAAGUGAACUUUCCAGUCUGUCAGAGAGCUUGUCCACCUUAAGUGAACUUUCCUUAGGUUUCUGUUCUCACAGAGCUUGUCCCACCUAA